AAGAUAAUACAAAUAUGAUUGGUGGAGAAAAUAUAAUUGUAGAAAUUGAUGAAUCUAAAUUUGGAAGAAGAAAAUAUCAUCGUGGUCGUAUAGUUGAAGAUAUAUGGGUGGUUGGUGAUAUUGAAAGAACUGAUGAGAAAAGAUGUUUUGUGCAAAUAGUACAAGAUAGAAUAGCUGAAACAUUACAUGAUGUAAUAUCAAAACAUGUUGUAUCUGGUUCUAUCGUAUAUACUGAUUUAUGGAGAGGUUAUAGAGGAAUUACAGAAUUAAAUAUGUCUCAUAAAACAGUAAAUCAUUCUAAGAAUUUUGUAGAUCCUAAUACAGGUGUUCAUACAAAUACUAUUGAAG